GAAUAAAGGCGAAGUCUCUUAUCGAUCUGGAAAGGAGGUUUCUGCUUCGUGUAUUAAAAUAAGAUAUCAGCGGCAACGCCGACUUGGCCUGACUUCCUUAGAAAGGAGUGUGCGUGUGAGAGAGAUUUCAGAGAGAAGAACGAGGAGCGAGACAUGUCGGGAAUUGCUCGUGGACGCCUUACCGAGGAACGAAAGGCUUGGCGUAAGAACCAUCCCCAUGGUUUCGUUGCGAAGCCAGAGACUCUGCCAGACGGUUCCGUGAAUUUGAUGACUUGGCAUUGCACUAUUCCUGGCAAGGCCGGGACUGAUUGGGAGGGUGGCUUUUUCCCACUUACGCUACACUUCAGUGAAGACUACCCUAGUAAGCCUCCAAAGUGUAGAUUUCCACAAGGUUUCUUCCACCCUAAUGUCUACCCUUCUGGAACUGUCUGUCUGUCUAUACUUAAUGAGGACAGUGGAUGGAGACCAGCUAUAACUGUGAAGCAGAUUCUUGUUGGUAUACAAGACUUACUUGACCAGCCUAAUCCUGCUGAUCCUGCCCAGACAGAAGGAUAUCAUCUCUUCAUCCAGGAUGCGGUGGAGUACAAGAGAAGAGUGCGGCAGCAGGCAAAGCAUUACCCAGCUCUUGUUUAGUGCUAGAUCAGCUUACUUUAGGAACUGUUUAUGCUAUGCUAGAUGUUGAUCACUUGUUAAUUGUUCUGUCCAGAAACUGGCUUUUAUUUGUUGGUUUCCUAUGCCAAAAUCCGUGGACUUUCAUGAUCUUAAGUUUAAUUGUUUAUGCAUUCUAAGGUAUGGACAAGUGUUGAUAUAUAACAUUUUGAAAUUCAAAUCAACCAUCCUCGAUGGUGAUAUCGAUAGCAGAAAUUUGCUGUGCAUUAUUAGUAA